AUGGAGACGAACAUCACCCCUCUCAAUCAAGACAAUGACGCUGCUCUCUUCACACUCCCAUGGGAGAUCAGAGAGCGCAUCUACGAGUACUACCUCUCCUUCGACCACCAAGACUUUGGCUCCACCCUCCGGCCCCUACACGUCUACUUCGAGCAAGGGAACUACACGAAGCCGCUGCCUUCCUUGAUACUGACGUGUAAGCGCGCCUACCGGGAGCUGCACAAGCAGGUCCACGCCGACGCCGUCAUGCGCGUCCAUUCCCAGGGUUUCGGCGACCGGCGCAUCGGCUUCGCCGUCCACGGCACCCUGCGCUUCGAGCGUCUCCGCCGACUGUACGUUCUCAUCGCCAUGGAGUACCCGAACUGGAACCGUUGGCUGGCCAUAUUUGCCGAGGUGGCACGGCGUUCCAGAGACCUGGUCGAGCUCGUCAUCGACUGGGAGCCGAGGCCGGCUGUCCCGAACCUGAAGGGGUGGGAAGUCAAGUUUAACGAGAAGAAGUAUGACGAGUUCUUUGGACACCUGUCGGAGCUUCGCAACCUCGAAGUCAUCCGGUUCUAUGGGGAGCUUCCGGUAGGUUGGAGGGAUAGGUUCGAGAAGGAAACAUCGGCGAGGCUUAUGUGCUACCCGUUCAAAUGGUGGAAAGAACAGGGGUUAGAGUAG